AUGCCCAGAUUUACCUGGACUCAGCUUAUGACAUGGGAAAGGGAUGCCCUCAGGCAGCGUGUUCCAUUAGAAAUCCAGGGAUUAAUACCAAGGGAAGUGCUCCCGAACAAUAGAUAUCUAAUCCUAUCUGGAGUGACCUUCGAAAGAAAUGGACAGAAAGUAAUAUUUAAUAACAUUGCAAUGAUGAGGAUUGGCUUCUUUUCUUUCUUUUUUUUGGCUGGAUAUCAAGUACUUAGAGAACAAAAAUGGGGAUGGGAAAUGGAGCAAGAAAAUCAUAAUUUAGAGUUUGACAAUACCGUCUAUCCUAAAUUAUCAUGCAACAUGGUUCCAUAUCAUGAAUCCGUGGUUGCAUUUCCUUAA